CCAUCAAAGCAGCAGUAACAGCACUCUGAAGUCUCCCAGGUGUUAGCUGUUUUUAUAUAUUUAUACGCUCCAGGUUAAAGGAGUUCCUCCAGCUUCCGUUUCGGAUGUCGUCUUAAUCCCCUCCGGCCACCGGAAGCGCUACAUAAAGCAGAGGUUGCAAAGUGCGUCACAUCGCGGAGCUGCAGAGAGUAAACGGAGCCGCUGCAGUCCAGCACCGACAGACUUCCCCCGCCGCCUCCUCCUCUGUUUGCACAAGUAAACCCGAGCUGUCGUGUUUUUGAACCUCUCCAGGAUGGUGAAGAUCGCUUUUAACUCGGCCCUGGCGCAGAAGGCGCUCGGCAAAGAGGUGCCAGCCGCUGUGACGGACCCCGAGCUGGCCACUGCUCCAGCGGGCAACGAGGGCUCCACAGGUCGCUGCCUGCUCACCCUGCUGGGCAUCGCCUUCAUCCUCAGCGGGCUCAUCGUGGGGGGAGCAUGCCUCUAUCGAUACUUCACCCCGAAGAGGCUGUAUCACGGCGCGAUGCAGUUCAGUGACAUGUCAGCUGGAGCUGGAGGGGAGAGCCAGCCAUACUACCUGCCACGAGUGGAAGAAGAGGUGGAGAUCUCUGACAGCAUGGCUGUCAUCAGCGUCCCACCACCUCGCUUCAGACCUGGAGACCCUGCUUACAUCCUCCAUGACUUCAACAGGAAGCUGACGGCAUAUCUGGACCUGACUCUGAGGACCUGCUUCGUGAUCCCUCUGAACACCUCGGUGGUGCUCCCCCCUCAGGACCUCAUCGACCUCUUCUCACAGCUGAUGUCUGGUUCUUACCGCAGCUACCUGGUGCAUGAGGACCUGGUGGUGACGGAGCGUAUCGAUGAUAUCAAGCCUCUGGGCUUCUACAUCCGCCGGCUGUGUGAUGGAAAGGAAACGUACAGAAUGCAGCGCCGCUCCAGCCUGUCAGGUGGAGGCAUCCAGAAGCGCUCCGCAGACGAAUGUUUCACCAUUCGCCACUUUGAGAACAAGUUUGUGACGGAGACAAAGAUCUGCAAGGCUUGAUCGGUCGGAGAGUGAGAGAGGGAGAGUGAUAGAUAGAGAGAGCCAGAGUGACAGAGAGAGAGUGGGAGGGAGUUGGCGAAGGAGGGAACAACUUUUAGCAGAAAGUUUCUUUUGUAUAAAACUCUAACUGCAGUUUUUGCCUCCCCUGCUUUAACCCCCGUGAUAAGUGAAUUUAAGUUACAGUGUUAUAUAGCCUAACCCUCCUCUUCUGCUGUAUUCCCCUGAACCUGUGUGAGUCAUAGCUCUCUUGCUCUAAUAUUCACUAGUUAGUCUUGUACUGAUAACCAGCGUCAGCCUGCUUACUAAGGGUAUACUAAGUUUCCUUUGUUCUGUUGGUUUUUGUUCUGUUGCUGUAGCUUCCUGCAGACUUAUCGUCGUUACUGUAUUUUACAUCCAAACGCCUCCAGACAAGAGUCGUUAGUCCUACUACUGAAUAUCCUAGUGAGGAGUCUUUCAUAUCAGGCCUAUCUGUGUGUCAGCUUACUCGUUCCCACUAGAACAGCUCAACAAGAUCUACCGUAUGUUGUAGUGUGAUAUAGCACAAGUCACUCAGCAGAUGUAUGGUACAGUGCAGUUACAGUACAUAUGUAACAUGGUCGUCCGUGUCGGUACCAGAGAUGCUCCAGCCCAGAGGUCUCAGCCACCUUUUGUAGAUAUUUCCCAGAGUGCCCUGCUGCUCCCAGAGCCGUCUGCUGUCCCGCUGUGUGAUGAUGACUUUUAUGUAAUCGAUGGUGUCAUACCUGAUGGUGAACAGUCCAGCACCCUAUAUGAACAGUGUUUGUGUUUGUGUAGAAAACCUCAUUUGUGACAAUAAACUUGAAGACUGGAUGACAAGCUAGAGAAGUAAAUAAGCUAAAGGGAGAUUUCACCAAAUUUGAAACACUUUAUGUCGAUUUUUGUUUUGAAUUCUUAUUUAUGAAUUUGUAGACUUGAGAUGCUCAACUGAGACAGCUGCAAUAAAUAGCUUAAGCAGAACACUACGGGUGCUUUUCAUUAUGCUAACUCGUGCUUCCUUUCAUCCUCUGUCCUCCACAUCCAUGCUAGGAGGAGCUCAGACAUGAAUUAAAGAAGCAAGGAUAUACAUUAGUAUGACAAAAAGCACCCUUUAAACAAAAUGUUUGUAAAAAUCAAAUAAACAAAUCUUCAUAAGUCACUUGAUUUUGAAAGCCCCCAAUGGAAAAGCUUGAAAGUAUGAUAAAAUGGCUUUUUGCCAAAUAACUUUUUCCGAUGGUUUCCCAUUUCAUGCCUGCACAGAGAGACAAUCAGACAGGAAGUGAGCUUGUACAAAUGUGUUUCUGUCUCAGCUUUUUAACAAUACUAGAAGAUUAGAUACAAACCAAUGUCGUGUGCAGCUACUGAAAUGAACUUCACUUUGUUGCUGAAUAAAGUUACAUUUCUUUACCUACUGAAA